AUGGUGCGGUCGGCGCGAAUACUGUCAACUCGGCCGCUCCAGGCGCUGAGCAAAGCGUGGCGGCUACCUCCGUUCGCUCCGCCUUUCACAAAACUCAUUUCUCCCUCUUCACUCCCUCAUCUACCCAUCUCCCUCCCCGGUUUCCCCUCCCCUCUUCCUCCCCGGCCCCCAGUGCGGCCGCUACAGGCGCUGAGCAAGGCGUGGCGGCUACCUCCGUUUGAGCAGUGCGACUUGCGGGCUGGUCUCACGUGCGACGCGCAGGGCAUGGUGACGCGCAUCAACCUAGCCAAUCGCAACCUCACUGGAGUCAUCCCCAAAGCGAUCUCCGCUUUUGCCAGCCUCACUAACCUCUCGCUACACGACAACCACCUGUACGGGCACCUGCCUGAUAUGGGGAGGCUGAAGCUGCUGAGAGAACUGAACCUCGGCGAGAACGCCCUGUCAGGCGGCAUCCCCGUGGAGCUCGGCAAUCUUAAGGCGCUCAUCCUCCUCAUCCUUCUUUAUUUCUGUUCCUCUCCUCCUUCCAACCCUCUCCUCCCGACCCUCUCCCACCGACCCUCUCCUUCCAAUUCCAACCUACUCCUUCUGUUCCUCUACGUCCGUCCCUCUCCAUCUGUCCAUGACUGCAGCAACCUCAACAGCAACCGCCUGGUUGGGAGCAUCCCUGAAACUCUCGGAAAGCUUUCCAAGCUGCAGCACCUGUGA